CGCUGACGCGCUGAAACGUCGUUACUCGUCGCUAUAGGUAGUUGUUUUGAUUGAUUUGAUAUUCGUGAGCGUUGGAGACAAUUUGUUUUAUAUUAGUGAGUCACUAUAAAAAAACUUUUGACUGAAAUCAUCAUCCGCUAAAAUGGGUGAAAGAUACAAUAUUCACAGUCAACUAGAGCAUCUUCAGAGCAAGUAUAUAGGUACUGGUCACGCGGAUACUACGAAAUACGAGUGGUUGACGAACCAACACCGUGAUUCAUGCUGCAGCUAUAUGGGCCAUCCAGACUUGCUUAGCUAUUUUGCGAUUGUUGAAAACGAAUCAAAAGCUCGCGUUAAGUUUAAUUUAAUGGAAAGAAUGCUACAGCCCUGUGGGCCACCUCCAGAAAAGCCAGAAGAUUAGCUCCACUUAUGUUUUGAUGUUUACUUUAAUAUUUAAGUGUAUUUAAGUAAUUUAAAUAAAAGUAUUUUAUAGGAAA